GAGUCGCGCAUUGAGUCAUGGGAUACCAAGAUUGAACCAUGGGAUGGAAUGUCCUAUGCUGCUUUUUUUUUUUUUUUUUUCUAUCCUUGGUUCCGCACAUAGCAACGAGGACUGUGAAAAUGGCAGUGGGUAGGGAUCCAGGGAAAUAACCUCUAAUAUUAAUUUAACGUGUUUCAAAAAUAGAGAAGCGAGGGUUAAUAUCGUCCACCGUUAGGACAAGUCUUCAAGGAACCGUGCACCAUGCCAUCACCUCAGGCCCUGGCUGUGCUAGAUGUAGUGCUCCGAGUUCCCUGUAUUUUCAUUAUCGACGCCAUCUUUAACUCUUACCAUGAUCCGGGCUCUGGGUUGACUGGCGCAGCAGCACAGGUUUUAAUCAGGUUAUUAGGUGUUCUAGUGUCCGGUGUGGUCCUGGUCUUAUCACAAAAAGCACUUUUCAAAUUCUACAUGUUGUGCUUUGCUCUCCUCUUGGGAGCAGUGACAGUUCUGAUCAACUACUUUGCCACCUCGCACAUAGACUUCUACAGUGCUUAUUACACUGCAGCGUUAGGAGUCAAGCUGUCUCCAAAAAAUGGACCUACACUGUGGUUGGGCUUGGUCAUGCUCCAGCUCAUGUUUGGGAUUGGAUAUGUGGCACUUCUUAAUGUACAGUCAGUCUAUGCUGCAUUAAUUGUCCUGGACAUUAUGAUCCCCAUAUGGGGCUUGAUUAUAGAGCUGCCAGUGAAUGUUCGACAGUUGGUGGCUGUGGCAUCCGGCCUAGUUCUGACCAUGCACACUGUUAUGUAUUUAACUAUGAAACUUAAGUGGUUCUAUUACUCAGGCCGCUAUGUUUACCUUCUCAUCCGACACAUGUACCGCAUCUAUGGGGUCCAGCUGCUAGUGGAGGACACUUGGAAGAGGAUCCGCUUUCCAGAUGUCCUUAGGGUCUUCUGGUUGACCCGACUGACUGCCCAGGCCAUUAUAUUGGUCUACGUGGUCAAGGUGGCAGGCAACGAUGAAGGAAACCAACAUUAUUUCAUCUCCUGGGAUGAUUUCUGGGAAGUGUUGUGCAACCUUAUCAUAAGCGGUUGCGACUCCACGUUGACAGUACUGGGUAUGAGCGCAGUCAUCUCCUCCAUAGCACAUUACUUAGGCUUGGGGAUCUUGGCGUUUAUUGGGUCCACAGAGGAAGAAGACAAACGUCUGGGCUUUGUGGCCCCAGUACUGUUUUUCGUUUUGGCUUUGCAGACUGGACUCAGUGGUCUGGACCCAGAGGAGAGAUUCGUGCGUCUCAGCCGCAACAUGUGCCUUCUAUUAACUGCCAUCUUGCAUUUUAUCCAUGGGAUGACCGAUCCAGUUCUCAUGUCUCUGAGUGCCUCACAUGUCUCAUCUUUCCGAAGACAUUUCCCAGUCCUCCUGGUCUCCUUAUGUCUUUUUGUGCUGCCCAUUUUGCUCAGCUUUGUGCUCUGGAACCACUAUGUACUAAACACAUGGUUAUUUGCAGUGACUGCUUUCUGUGUUGAACUGUGUCUGAAGGUCAUGGUCUCCCUGACUGUUUACACACUGUUUAUGAUUGACGGCUACUACAAUGUCCUGUGGGAGAAGCUGGACGAUUAUGUGUACUAUGUGCGCUCGACCGGCAAUGUCAUCGAAUUCAUAUUCGGGGUGAUCAUGUUCGGGAAUGGAGCCUAUACCAUGAUGUUCGAAUCUGGCAGCAAGAUCCGCGCUUGCAUGAUGUGCCUCCACGCUUACUUCAACAUUUAUCUUCAAGCCAAGAAUGGAUGGAAGACCUUCAUUAACCGAAGAACUGCUGUGAAGAAGAUCAACUCCCUUCCAGAGAUGAAAGGUGAGCAACUACGGGAGAUCGAGGAUGUCUGUGCAAUCUGCUACCAGGAGUUCACUGCCUCUGCUCGUAUUACCCCGUGUCACCAUUACUUCCAUGCUCUCUGUCUCCGGAAGUGGCUCUAUAUACAGGACACAUGUCCCAUGUGCCACCAGAAGGUCUAUAUUGAGGAAGGCUCUAGAGAAAAUGGCAUCUUUGCCAACAACAAUGGAUAUGUGGCGCCAAACGAAAACCAAAGGGCAGCAGUGGGUGCUGAAGCUGAUGCAGGUGGGCCUGAACCUGAUAACGAACUUAAUGAAGAUAAUGACAGUAUUGAAUAUGAUGAGGAAGAGUGGGGGACCCAGAAUGGCAGUACAGCUGUAGAAGAAGAAUAUAUUAAUGAUGACACAGACUCCAGUGGAGAAUAAUCAGAAAUUAUAUUUAAGAUUUAAUUUGUACUUUAAUAAAUGUCAACAUCAGUGAAGAUAAUUUUUUUUUUGGGGGGGGGGGGGGGGGGGGAAGAGGGGUAAUAAUUAGUAUGAGGUAUAUGAUACAGUACAUAUAGUAGGCAAUAUCAAGGUUAAUCCCCACAUUCCAUUUUUAGGGCUAGAGCUUACCAUGUGAAUUCUGGUUUACUGAAAAAAGUCUGUUUAAUCUUUAAGUUUUGUUUGAACAUCUUAAAUUGCAAGCUUAAUUUUAAUACCAUUAUUGAGUGAUAAAGUUUUCAGGUUGGGAUUUGUUUCAAAAAGGGCUUGAACGUUUUGGUGUUUAUUUUUUACAAGUGCCCAAAGUACUGUAAUAAAUCUGUUAAUUGUGCACCAAGUGUCAGGCUUUUCCAUAAUGUGAUAACUUUUAGUAAUGUAUUAUUUGUUUCGGAUCAGCUGCAUUAAACACUACCAAUGCAGGGUGCAUGCAAUUUGGGUGUCAACCAUGUUACAACCCCUCUUAACAGCACAAUUAUGUCUAACUUGCUUAUAGUGAAUCAGAAAGACCUGUAUUAAUCUAGUCCUUUAGGUCUUUCUGAUUUGCUGUUAAGCAUGAGUCCCCUAGGUCCUUACCGGAUGUUAUACAUGUUUAUAAAUUAAAUGCAAUGAUUGGCUGAACAAGAUCACAUGACUGUGCAAUAAGAAUUAUCUUCCUGCAUGGCUAGGGGUGAAUCAUCUCCUGAAGGUCAAAGUGGUUCUGGGUCAACAGCUUGAAGAAAAAAAAAAAAAUUCUCAAAACCUACUGCCAGCUAAGGAUUUGAGGCCCUUUAGCUAUUCAGUAUAUUUAUCUUUUUUUUAAUAGUCAAACACUAACAGAAAUUAAAUAUGAUUUAUCUUCUUUAAAAUCUCAAAAUCUUGAUCUCUUUGGCCACAGCAAUUGUGCCUUGGGCAGGAGUUAAAAUCGGUGGAGAGAAGUUGCGUUGGACCGUCUGACUGAAGUUAAAUCAGUACUGAGGAGACGCAUAUAUCUAUACAUUAUUUAUAGAGAGAGAGAGAGAGAGAGAGAGAGAGAGAGAGAGAAUAAAAAAAUAACCUUGAAUAUAUCUCCCUCUCUAGCCAUCUUUUUUUUUUUUUUUUUUUCUUUUUUUAACUCAACGGUAAUAAGGUUUCCAGCAAAUUUCUAGCUUUUAAAGAAAAUGUAUAUGAACUAUUUUGCGCUGGCAGAAGGAUACAUUCAGUAAAACUUAAUUUUAAAGUUUAAAAUCUUUUUAAAAAUAUAUAAAUAGAGACAUUUUAUUAGCGCAAUAUCCCACUCCGGGCUUUGCGAUAAGAUGUAUCUACCACACUUCUGGGUGGGUGAAGGCACUGCGAAUGUAAUAUGUCUUAUUGCACAGCGUAGUGGGUUAUUGUGUAUAUGAUUAUGAGCGUUCAGCGUGCACUCAGCACCUACCCACUCAGUCAGGUACGGUUUAAUGUUGCUUAUCAGAUACAAGUGAAUUGUAAAUUAACAGCUAGUGGAGAAGCCUCAAACUUAACAGGUUACGUAAACCAGCUCAAAAUAAACACUGAUUAGUUCAAACCCUAAUUGUGAUGUUAGUUUAUAGUUUUUAAUCAUUAACCAAAAGUAUUACAUUUCAGAUGAAGCACAAUAAUUCAUAUGCUCAGAUGAAAAAAUUAAAGCUCCAAACUGGGGUAAGGUUUAAUUUAUCAUGAUGUGCUAACUUAAAACUGUACCUCUUGUCAUUACUGCUGGUCUCUUGUAUGACUGUCGUCUUAAUACUAAAAUGGUGUCCAUUAUUGUACAUGCAAUAAAAUAUGGCUAAUUUUU